CUCCAUUUACUGUAAUACAGGAAAAACCUCCAGGCCAAACCGGGAACAGAAUAAUUCCCAUUUUUCUCCAGAUGUUUCACGUUAGUUGCCCACAGACCCGUUUUCUCCUCCGGCUGCAGAAGAUUCAGAUCUGAAGGUCCAGUAACGCAGAAACCAUGAAGAAGAAACCGCGGCGUCUCCAGGUCUCAUCGCCUCAGACAGCAGCCGACGGACGUGAGGACAGGAAGACAGGAGACAGAGAGACUCUGCUGGACUCCGUCCCCUCAACCACUGACGGCUCGUCUCCUGGAAGGACGGCGAUGGACACAAACUCAUCCUUCAGCGUGAUAAAAGAUGACGAAGAGAAAGAUCCAGAGAGCAGGUCCAGAUGUUCCGCAGGAAGGACGUCCAGCGCCGUCUGUCGUCUCUGCCAUGGAAGGUUCUCCCCGCGCAGUCUGAGGCACGCAUUCAGCCGGUGGCCUCCGGGGCCGCUGCGGGCCCUGGACCCGGCCGCCCCGUCGCCCCUCCCGUUUCAUUUGGACUUCCAGCGUCUGGUCGGGGUCCAGUUGGACCGGGAUCCGCGGCUCUCAGACUUCAUCUGCAAAAGGUGCCACACCAAGUUCUACAAGUGCCACAGCGUCCUGCGGCGGUUCCUGCAGAGGGUCAACCUGCCGGCGCUCGGAACCGGGAACCGGAGGAACCUGAAGGGUCCGAAUGCGCCAGCAAACGACUUGCCAGGAAAACCGCCGUGCUUCGCCGCCGACCCAAAGUGCCUCCGCAGCCUGGUGGGCUGGACGCACCGCCACGGCGAGGCCUGCACUUCCUGCCCCGACCUGAAGGAGGUGCUGGAGGGGCGGUGCGCGGGCUCCCUGAGGGCCGUGUGGGGCUGCGCCGACGGCCACCGUUACAUCAUGGACUCUCAGAGUUACCUGGGAGACCAGGUGAGCUACUGGGGCGGAGCCUCGUGGAGGCGGAGCAACGAGGAGGAUGGAGGCGAGAAGGUUCUGGAUGGACGGAUGGACCCAGGAACCCAAAAGAACCAGGACAACUGGGCCGAAGGCUUUCCUGAGGAGGCGACAUUGCCGGCACCGGGCCCGCUCCAGGACCGGACCGCUGACAGCGACCUGUCGGACAGGGCAAUCUCUGAGGAUGAGCUCCACGAGAACCGGGCCCGGUCCGAUGAGGAGAUGUUUGACCCGGCCCAGAACCAGAGGACCUCUAGGCUCAGCAGAACCCGGAGGAGGCAGAACCCAAAAACCUCGGAGGAACCCAGAGUCCGAAAGAAACCCGGACCCAAACCGGGCUGGAAGAACCAGUUCCGGCCCAAAGGGGAGGAGCUUCCCAACAUCUACAAGUGUCCGUACCAGGGCUGCACCGCCGUCUACCGAGCGCCUGACGGGUUAAAGAAACACAUCAAGGAGCAUCAUGAGGACAUGAGGCAGCGGCCGUGCCCCCAUCCCGGCUGCAGCAAGGUGUUCAUGAUCGACCGCUACCUGCAGCGGCACAUCAAGCUCAUCCACACAGAGGAGAGGAACUACAUCUGUGAUCAGUGCGGUCAGACCUUCAAGCAGCGGAAACACCUGUCGGUUCAUCAGAUGAGACAUUCAGGAGCCAAACCGCUGCAGUGCGAGGUGUGCGGCUUCCAGUGCCGCCAGCGGGCGUCCCUCAAGUAUCACAUGACCAAGCACAAAGCCGAGUCCGACCUGGCCUUCGAGUGCCGGACCUGCCGCAAGCGCUUCGAGAAGCCGCACAACCUCAACGUACACAUGUCCAUGGUCCACCCGCCGGUUCUGGCCGAGGCCCGGCAGGCCGGCCCGGUUCACCUGCAGACUAUUGAUCUCACCGGAGAGCUGGUUUUGCAGGACCAGGACAGAUGACGGCCGGUCCGGAGUCCGGAGGAGCCGGUACCGUCCGGGUCCGCUCCGGAGAAGCCUGCAGCUGGACGCAGUUUUUCACAAGGUUCUUCAGACAGGCUACAACAGAACCAGGCAGCAGAACCCAGCCGGGUUCAGCUGAAUCUCAGUGUAAAAGCAGCAGAUCGCUAUUUAAUCCCACCGAUUACGAUGGGAUUAACAGAGAAGCGACUUUCUGGAUUAUGGCUCCAACGUUUACAGCUGCAGCCCUUGUUACCAUUUCAUAACGCUUUAUUUUGAAGGGCUCUUUUUUUCAGCUCUGUCCAACAUUUCUGUGGAGCAAAAGUUAAACCAGAUUUCUAAAUCCUGA